AUGUUUUCUUUACAAAGAGUAUCUACUCGGAUUAUUAACAAAAGAACCAUAUCUGCGAUUCGACCUAUUCUUGGUCUUCGUGGUUAUGCAACUGCUCAAGACAUUUCAUCUUUGCUUCUCGUCGAACACAAAAAUAAAGCUAUUGCAAGUUCUACAUUCAAUGCGCUCACAGCUGCUUCAAAACUCGGUGGUAAUGUGAUUGCCCUUGUUGCUGGCGAAGAUCCGGAUCCUAUAGUUUCAGAGGUUUCUAAACUUCAAGGCGUUUCCAAAGUUCUCAUAGCAAAAGACAAAGUUUAUGAGCACGGAAUUGCAGAAGUUUAUGCACCUUUACUGGCGUCAACUCAGAAGCAGUUAAAGUUUACGCAUUUGGUGGCUCCUCAUUCAGCAUUUGGUAAAAAUAUUAUGCCUCGUGUCGCAGCGUUAUUAGAUGUUGCACAAAUUUCGGACGUUAUUGGUAUCGAAUCUCCGGACACUUUUAUAAGACCAAUUUAUGCAGGAAAUGCUAUUGCUAAGGUGAAAUCAAAAGAUCCUAUCAAAGUUCUAACUGUCAGAGGAACAGCGUUUCCUCCUGCUACCAUAAGUGAUCAAACAGGAGCUUCAUCUGAGGCGGCACCUGAAUCCGAGAAACCUGCUUUGACUGAAUGGAUUGGCGAAGAUCUUCAAAAAAGCGAUCGGCCAGAACUUGGAGCAGCAACAAAAGUUGUAUCGGGUGGUCGAGCCUUGAAAAGCAGGGAGAAUUUCGAUAAAUUAAUUAAUAAUCUUGCCGAUUCAAUUGGAGCUGCUAUUGGAGGGUCAAGAGCUGCCGUAGAUGCAGGAUAUUGUGAUAAUGCCUUACAAGUUGGGCAGACAGGAAAAGUCGUUGCGCCAGAAUUUUACUUGGCGGUAGGUAUAAGUGGUGCAAUACAACACGUUGCUGGAAUGAAAGACAGUAAAGUGAUAGCGGCAAUUAAUAGUGAUCCGGAUGCACCAAUUUUUCAGGUUUCAGAUUACGGUCUCGUUGCGGAUUUAUUUACCGUUGUACCUGAAUUGACUGAAAAAUUAAAAAAAAAAGAAUUAAAUUAA